GAGCAGCAGCGGGGGCUCUUGCAACCAUUCUGACCCACCCACCUGAUGUGGUGCGAACCCAUCUGCAGCUGGCCUCUCUGCGUGCGACACCUGGCAAGCCGCUGACCAUGCUCGGUGCCACGUCAGCCAUCUACAAGGUAGAUGUCGCAAGGUCUUCCUGGUUUCUUCCGAGGGGUGGUGCCGCGUGUGCUGAAGCGAUCAAUGCAGCAGGCACUCACUCGCCUUCCCAUCCUUCCCCUCUUACUGCCCCUUUUCCCCCUUCCGUUUUCUCCUUCCCUUCCGUCUCCCCCAGUCGCAGGGUCUUCCUGGUUUUCUUCCGAGGGGUGGUGCCGCGUGUGCUGAAGCGAUCAAUGCAGCAAGCACUCACAUGGACUCUCUUUGAGCGCCUCUCCUCCGUUCUCUCUGGAAGGACGCUUUGGGACCGGAAAGAUGCUGGGCCGGCGAGGAGAACAGGCGUAUGA